GCACAGUGCUGGCAACUGCUGUCUUGGCUGUCUCUGCCGGCAUCUCUGAGGGCAGAGGGAUUCUCCAGAGGGACAGCUGGCUGGACAAGUCUGCCCUCAGGACAGUGUCAUUUGCUUUGGAAUGAUAGGCUUGAGGUGCCUUUGCUUCAGCACAGGAAGUGCAGAGCAAGGAAUCCUCCCCAACUCCUUGUCCCCAGAUUUCCAAUAGAAGAAGGAGGGAGCAGUUAAUAGAACUGGAGCUUGUUCAUCUGCUGCUGCUCUGUGAUUAUGAGCUGGAACUGUAAUUUCUUCUGCUGUACCUUUUGGGACAGAAUUACAUGGAUACAACCGAGGAGAAUGUUACCUGUGAGAUGAGUUAUUUAGGGAUCCUGUUGGAUAUACAGAAAUACUUUGGGCUCAGCGAUGAGAAGACAGGUCUGCUGCAAACAGUGUUCACCGUGUGUUACAUGCUGGCUGCCCCCAUCUUUGGGUACCUGGGAGACCGCUACAACAGGAAAAUCCUCCUGGGAGCUGGGAUCCUCCUCUGGUCUGGGGUCACCCUGGGCAGUUCCUUCAUCACUCAGUCGUAUUACUGGAUGUUUGUUCUCUCACGAGGACUGGUUGGCAUUGGCACGGCCAGUUACUCCACCAUAGCACCCACCAUCAUUGCAGACCUGUUUGAGGAAGGAAAAAGGACCACAGUGUUAUCUCUCUUCUAUAUCUUCAUUCCAGUGGGAAGUGGCUGUGGUUACGUGCUGGCAGCUGGCAUGGCAAGGAGCACAGGGGACUGGCACUGGGCAUUCAGGGUAACUCCUUGCAUGGGGGGUCUAGCACUGCUCCUUCUGCUGCUCCUGGUCCCUCACAGGACCCAGAGAAGGACAGCAAGGUACAGAGCACUGAGCAUCUCCGGCACAACACAAGGAGCAGAUGAGACACCAGAUGUACACAGAACUGCCGAGACCACUUGGUGUCAAGAUGUUGGAUCCCUUGCCAAGAACUGCAGUUUUGUCUGGUCCUCACUGGGUGUGGCAGCCAUGACCUUUGUCACUGGAGCCCUGGGAAUGUGGGUACCGCUGUUCCUGUACAGGGCACAGCUUGUCCAGGGCAUUGUCCCUCCCUGCCUCCAGGAACCGUGCAGUUCAUCCAGCAGCCUGAUCUUUGGAGCCAUCACCAUCGGGACAGGAGUCUUGGGUAUCACUGCUGGGGCAAGGGUCACCAGAAGGUUAAGGAAGAUCUACAAUAAAGCUGAUCCUCUGAUCUGUGCCACCAGCAUGUUCAUCUCUGCCCUGUGCCUCUACACAGCUCUCGUGGUGGCCCAGACCAAUAUCCUUUCCACCUUUAUUUUUAUUGCACUUGGAGAGCUGUUUCUGUUUGUGAUCUGGGCUGUUGCCACAGACAUGCUGCUGUGCGUGGUGAGCCCGAGGUGCCGCUCCACGGCCAUCGCCUUGCAGAUCCUGCUGAGCCACCUGCUGGGGGAUGCAGGGAGCCCAUUCCUCAUCGGGGCUGUCUCCAACGCCCUGCAGGCCCGGGGGCCUCCAACCUUCCAGAGCAGCUUCAGGAGCAUCCAGAGCAGCUUUGCCAUCUGUGCCUUCGUGGGGGCCUUUGGAGGAGCCUUUUUCCUCCUGACAGCUCUGUCCUUCGAGGGAGAUCGGAGAGAAGCCGAAAGGCCCUGAGGUCUACCAGCAAAGUCUCCCAGAGGAAGAUGAACUCUGGGGCGAGAUUUGCACAGAAGAAAAGCCCAUCCUCCCCUUUUUCUUUCCUUUUUGCUUCAUGAGAUACAGCUGGAGAAAAGGCCAAAUCACAAUUCCUCCAUAUGGCAGAAAAUCCUGCACACGGACUUUUUUU